AUGGCAGCUCCGAGAGCGCUCGUCCUCGCCGUCCUGCUGGCGAUCGCCGUCGCCAACGCCGAGGCAGCGUCCGUGGUCGUCGGCCUGGUCAAGUGCGCCGACUGCACAAGGAAGAACAUGAAGGCCGAGGAAGCCUUCAAAGGUCUCCAGGUAGCAGUCAAGUGCAAGAACGUCCAUGGCGACUACGAGAGCAAGGCACUGGGUGCCCUCGACGGCACCGGGGCCUUCCGCAUGCCCCUCGCUGCUGACCUCCACGGCGCCGACUGCGUCGCACAGCUCCACAGUGCAGCCUCCAACGCGCCGUGUCCUGGCCAGGAGCCAUCCAAGAUCGUGCCGGUUUCCGAGGGCACCACCUUCGGUAUCGUCGCCGGCGACAGUAUUGCCCACGCCGUCUGCAGCGUCGCCGGAGUGCGCAUCCAUGACCCUGUGCGGGCCAAUCAAGAAGCACAUCAUCGAGCACUUCCACCACAAGAAGCCCGUGCCACCGAAGCCGGAGCCCAAGCCCCAGCCCCACCCGGACUACGGCCCCGUGCCCAAGCCCGAGCCAAAGCCGCAGCCCCACCCGGACUACCACCCCAUCCCUCCCACGCCCACCUACGGCGGCGGAGGUGGCGGCGGAUACCACGGACACCACUGAGUCUGGUCUACCACCGUCGUCCUGCCCAGCGAUGA